AUACCAUGCAAAUUCUGCAACUACCUGCUGUGGAUCCCAUUGAAUGCCGAUUCAAGACCAAUCGCUUAAAAAUCAAGCUGAAUUGGAAAGCCAACUCCAAUGAGGGUGAAGUGAUCGAUCCUUCAGGGAAUGAUGGUACUAGCAGUAGUACAUCUGCAUCCUCCUCUUGGCGCUCGUUGGAAGAAUUCCAAUUGAAAUUCUUAGAAGGCAACGGAAUUCGAGCCAAAGGAGCCAAUAUCGACUAUUCGGAUGAGUUAUCCAGCGGCACCGUGUUGAAUGUCAAGAGCCAACGACUUCCCAAUCCCAAUGAAGACGACAACGAGGACCCUGAAGAGGAAGACGACGAUGACAAAGGGCGAUCCUUGGGCGACUUCUCAUGGUCGGUUCCCACUUCCGUUUGCUAUCAAUCCAUUCUGAAAAUCAAAUCUCGAGCCCCCAAGUCAUUUGGCCAGCCAGGGGAUCGGGUUGAAUACGCCAUAACCGAGAACCUGGAAUCGUCCCGUGAAGGUCGAGCCAAUGAAACCAAGGUGGUUUUGAAUGGUUUGCUCACAAUUGGAGGCCAAGACUCAGAUGAAAAUAUGGACGAUGAAAAUGAUGAUGAUGAUGUAGAGGAGGGGGUGGAGGAGGAGGUGGCCAAUGAAGCUGGCGAAAUCGACGAAAACAUCAACAAAAAUGGAACGAAAGCACGCCAAGGAAAAGGUGGCUCAAAGGAAACGAAGAAGAAGACGAAGAAAGACAAGGGAAAGAAGCAAGGGAAAAUAAAGGUCAAAAACGAGCGAAUUUUGGUCCAUAUUCCUAUCAAAGAGCUUGAUCCGGGGGCAUCCUACAAGCUCAAUUUACGAGGCUUGUCCAAAAAUAUCUCGACAACAAACGUCACAACAUUGCUGGAUGCCAGCAUGAAUGAUAUCUUUCAAACCGUUUUUACUGUCGCUUCCGCCGACCAAAGUCAUAUAGUGAAUGUCUUGGUCGCAGGAAGAGUGUUCCCUGAUCGCCAAAUCAUCCUACGAGCCAUGCUGAAGGAUUGUUCCAAAUUCCAAAGGAAACGAAGUGGCUCCGAUGGAACCGAUGACCCUUCAACUGCCCUUUCCAGUGAGCGAUGGAAGUUCUUCUGGAGUACCGACGGCAAAAUCAAUUUCAAUCUGGCCAACCAAGACCUUCAAAAGCUGCGGAUCCCCAAACAUAGCCUAGAAGGUGGUCGAGAGUACAUCUUCUUUGUGGAAGUGAUCCCGGAACUGAACCCAGAGGCCUCCUUUCAAAAUCAACUGAGUUUCACGGUCCAGAGCUUGGGUCUAAAAGCACAGUUUGCGGCCUCAGAGCUCACUUUUGGAAUUCAGAAUGAAAUCACUCUUGAUGGAUCGCUAUCUCGCGACCUGGACAACAGAUCGGGAAACCUUACCUUCGAUUGGUUCUGCUUGGAUGAAUUAACCAAUCAACCUUGCUACGCUCUCGACGUCGAGGCUAGCAACAAUCAAUCAACCACAUCCCCAAUGUUGUUGAAAGAAAAAUUCAAAGAAAGCAUGUCCAGACAACUAGUUCGCUUACCCGGGCUCUCCUUGGCCAUUGGAAGAUACAACUUCCAACUAUGCAUCACGAAGGAUUCGCGUUCCAAUUGCGCCAAGAUGGUGGUGGAAAUCAAACCCGGCAAAGUCGCCACCAUUCAAUUGGCGGCCAGAGACUCGGUCACGAACCCCGAGGAAGAGACCGUCAUUAAAGCUCUCGUAACCGGGUCUCAAGGCACGUGUGUCCACUGGGAAUGUGUUCUUGCCGAAGGCUUCGCAUUCAUUGAUUUGUCAGAGCAUACCAAGUCCGCUCAAGUCGUUUGCUUUACCGGAACGAGUAGUCAAAGGGGAUUCCAUCUAGUGAUCCCCGGGGGCGUAUUGGAAGGCAAGACCCGCUACAAAUUUCGAUUGGUCGCGAGGAAUCCACUUCUGGGUAUUAGUGACGCAUCGACUGUCAUAACCACUUUGGAACCACCCAAUGAAGGCACAUGCGAGAUUGAACCUAAAGAGGGUGUGGCCUUGAACACGACUUUCGUCUUGGAUUGUCAUUCGUUUAAGAACGCGGACGGGCUCAUCUUCACCGUCGAGUAUGCCGACAAAGCUUCCUUGUCCCCGAACAAUUUUGUUCAUUUGGACGAAUUCUUGGGCUCCGAUGCCAGCGAGCUUCAGUUCUUGGCAUCACCCGGUAAAAUUCAGAUCCUGGUGACCAUAUGUACCUUUCAAGAGGUGUGCGAUCAACUCCUACUGGACGAUAUUAUUCAAGUCGACAAGGCUCAGAUCGACGAUGGAACCAUCCGGUCACUAGGGAUCGCCGUGGCGAACGAAAUUUCUCAAAAGGAACCCUUGAGGGCUCUCAGCUUGAUGAGGAGAAUUGUUUUGAGCAUACCGGAAGCUGAUGAGGAUGUGUGGAACCAGUAUAAAGUUCCAGUGUGUUCCUUACAAUUUGGCACAUUUCGAGAGGCCACUGCGGAAUUCACACAGGAUUUGGUCCCGAGCGACGUUCCCAUUGCUGUCACAAUGUUGGAUUUGUUUUUAAAAUCUCCUUGCUGGAACGUGAAGGACGAGACCAUCGCGGAUGAACGUCGAAAUGCUCUUUGGGCUGGAAAGCAGCUAUCAGAUGCCCUUGGAACUUUGCAGAAGAAACUCCAGUCCCUCCAAGAAGAUCCCUCUUUGAAAGAGAAAUUAAGGAGAAAACGAGCUUUCUCGUCUACGGCCAAAUUCCAAGUCUUACCUCGCCUAACAUCAAAGCUGGCAAGAUUAAAGCGAAGCGAUGGAAAUUUGGAACAAAGCGAAGGUCAGCACAACAUUCUCACCUUCUUUGAUAGCAUCAUCUCGCCAGAACAGAUGGAAGUGGUGCUUCAAUUUGCCGAAAUGUCCAUUGGAGGAGAUAUCCAAAGCGAAAUCCAAAGCAUGAAGGAACUCUUGGAUCAAAUCCACACCGAUUCCAUGAAGAACCUGUGUCGUGGAACCACGCCUCAAUCAGACGCACGCAUGAUUAUGACUGACACCCUGGAAAUAUCCAUGAAACGAACGGAAUUCAUCGAAGGCGACAAGGAGAAAUUUGCUUUUGGAUUGUCCUCCAGCCAGGUCAACUUGGAUGAUAGUGCGAUUCAAAAGUUCUCCGAAUGGAAUUGUCAUUCCAACAAAGAAGCAGACUCCAAUCAGGCUCCUUGUAUAGGCUUGUGCAUUGGAACCGCCCUUUAUGAGGAGGAUUACGUCACGCCCACUUCGCAAAAGUUCAAUUUGACCCGGCCUCCCAUGAGAAGCGACAUCCAUGAUAUCCGUCUCUUGAACCCACAAUCCGGAAAAGAUCUCACCGAACAGUACCAAAACGAGGAUCUGGGUGGGUCGCUUCAAAUCGAGAUUGAGGUCAACGAGGACGCCCAAGAUCCAGGUUCAUCUCGGCCAAAACGUUCCACUAAUCCGUCCAUUUCCACUGGCUACGAACUCACGUGCAUGGUGUUCCAAAACGACAACUGGACCUCGGAGUUCUGCGAAACCAAAGAAUUCGUGACCAAAGCGGAUGGAACAGCUACGGUGAAUUGUGACUGUAGUGUUCCAGGCUACGUGGCUGUAUUUCUAGUUAGCUCUGGAAGCGGCGAGGACGUGACUCUCAAAGUGAAUGAAGUGCGAGUAUUUGAUGAGACCAUUACCAUCACCUUCCUUGAGGCCUACUAUGAGGUGGUGGGGCCUAAUGAGGAGGAUAAAGCCCAUUUCAUCACGACAAUCCGAACUCAAAUGGCGAAUUUGCUCACCACUGACGUGUCCAAUAUCCAAGAUGUGGAGGUUUGGGAAGGCAGCACUGUGGUCAAAAUGCAAAUCGUCGGGUACGACGAACAAGAGAGCGCCGAACUUGAAAAGGCCUACAUGGAGCUGGCUCAGAAAUUUGAGCGGGGUGAAGUCAAAAUGACCGACCAAAAAGGCCGACCAUUGACGUUGCAACCCCAAUGUGUGAUGGAUUCCUGUCGAGUCAGGGAUAAAGAGAGCGAGACCAAGAUCUUCUACAUCAUCGCAGGCGUGGCCGUAGCCAUCAUUCUGUUCGUGAUCAUCCUCAUCAUUGUGGGUGUGGUCUUGAAGAACAAAAAACGCACCGAAAAAGUCAAGCCUUUCAUGAACUCGGGAUCCCAACCACCAACUUAUCGAACGUUCCAAUUUGCGGACUCGUUGGAGGGCACCAAGGUCAAUUAUGGAGGGACUAGAAAGCCCGUUCCGGCGCCAUAUUUACCCUCCAAUAGCAACUACAGCGACAUGCAACGAGAUCAGAUCUUGGAGGAGGAAUCCAAGAGUGUGGAUUCGGGAAUUCUUAUUGACCGAGAACAUGGGGAUGUGCCGAAUAAUCCAGCACGAUAUAAGAAGCCUUCCAAAGAGGAUUUGGCUAAAACCCAACCGAUUUCCGAGGAUAUCAUCAAGCGAGUGGAAAGACGAAUGACGGAAAAACUCCCAGGAACACCGGAGUAAUUUGGAAACGAAAUCGAGUAUCAUUCACUAGUUUAUUACCAUUGGAGCGUUUAAAUUCAAUCGAAAUUGAUACCUAUUUUUGAAUUGGAAAAUAAAGAUGAAGAGUACAUACAGUA